CCAGCACAGGUAACCGCCAAAUCCAAGACUACGGCCUGUGGCGUCCGUUCUUCUUCAGUAAAUCGCAGUUUUGAUUUGAUGGGCUCCGGAGAAAUGGAAGGAUGGCUGAACCAGAUGGGGAUGAUCCGGAUAGCGGUCCUUUCAAGCUUUGCUGCACAUCUUGUUCUCAUCCUCCUUGCUGGGAUUCGUCGGCGUACAGCCUCCGGUGGGCGGAUGCUCCUUCUGUGGCUGGCGUACCAGCUGGCCAACUGGGCCGCGGCGUAUGCCCUUGGUAACCUGUCCUUCGGCAGCAGGUUGCAGGAGCAGCCGCAGCUGGUCGCGUUCUGGGCGCCAUUCCUCUUGCAGCAUCUCGGCGGCCCGGACAACAUUAGCGCCUACUCCCUGGAGGACAAUGUACUGUCAGGGCGGCAAGCACUCAAUGCCUUUGUGCAGGUCGGGGGAGCCAUUUAUGUCGUGUACAAGCACAUAUACCUUGGCGGUGGCGACAGAGCUUUGCUUCGGGCAUCCAUCAUCAUUCUCACCGUCGGUGUUGCCAAGUAUGUGGAGAGGGUGUUCGCACUACGGCGAGGCAACUUGGGCAACAUCCGGAGCUCAAACAAGAAGAAGAAACUAAGCAGAUUCACUGAUGUCUCGGGCUCCAGAAAGGGAACUGUGCUGGACAAUGAGCAAGCCCUGAUGGUUGCCCACAACAUGUUCCCGUUCUGCCAGCGUGCAAUGACUGAUUCUUCUGUCAACAUGGAUUCACCUGACCUUGAUGCAAGCAGAGAAAUGUUCUCUUUUGGGUGGGAGAGUAUGUGCAAGGUGGUGGAGAUGGAGCUUUCUCUCAUGUACGACAUCCUCUACACCAAAGCAGCCAUGGUCCACACCUGGGGCGGCUACUUGAUCCGUUUUCUUUCGCCAAUCGCCACCGUCACGGCAUUUGUUCUGUUUCUGUUCUACAGCAAAGACGGCCAGAGGAGAGAAGAUCUGGUCAUCACCUACACCUUGCUGGUAGCUACCUUCAUCCUGGACGUGAGAUGGCUGUUUGGGGCAGUUGGGUCUACCUGGAUGCACAUGUUCCUGCAGGCUCGGCCACGGUGCUGGCUUCACCACAAUGUUUUGUGCUCUGGGUCUGGGAUAUGGCGUCGCCUCCGCCGUGUCAUCGUGUCUCUGUGCCGUGGCCGGCUAGCCCUUCUCAUGGCGCUGAGCAGCUACAGAAUGUGGUCGGGCACCAUUGGGCAGUACAGCCUGCUGCACGAGUGCACCCGUACCUGUGACACGAGAACUCUGUGCGGGAGAGCAGCCAAGAAAAUUGGAUUGGAAGAGGGUUGGAACGAACACCGGCACUCUGAGUCUGAAGGUCUUAAGCUUUCAGAAGAUGUCAAGAGGUUGGUGUUCGAACGUGUACGGACGAUACUCAAAUCAACAUAUGAGGUCGACAAGGAUGAGGAGGCUGCAUAUUCCAUGAAUGACGUUACGACAUUCUGGGGUCAGGUGGCAGCCAAGAUGUGUCGGAGGAAACUGCGGAGAUUCCGGCUGGCAUUUGGCCGUGAGUUCCAGGAGGACAUCCUUGUGUGGCACAUCGCCACGCAAGUUUUCCUCACGAGUGAUGAUGGCAAGUUGUAUGCAGAGACAAAGCAUGCCAAGGCGAUCAAGGCGCUGUCAGAGUACCUCAUGUUCCUCGUUGCCGUGCGCCGUCACAUGCUACCGGGCCUUGUUCUCCGCAGCCUGUACGAAGUAACCAAGGAGUCCUUGCAGGAUGUAUGGCGUGAUGAGGUUGGGACCAGUUCCAUUCAAGGUUCCGGUUCGACGGUGAGCGGCAGAGAAGAGAAGCUUGCCAGAAUCCUCCGUGACAAGAAGGACGCAGACAGUGAGUGGGGUCUUGAGCAUGAUAAAACUCGUCUGGUCUCUGACGGAGCUAAUAUUGCCAUGGUGCUGCUCAGCGCCGAUGAGUCAGAGAUGCCGGAACUGCUGGAACUCGUCUUCAACGUGUGGGUGGACAAGCUGCUGUAUGCGGGCACCCGAUGCAGCCGGGAAUCCCAUGCUAGGCAGCUCAGCCGUGGGGGUGAGCUCACGACCAUCGUGUGGAUUCUGGCAGAACAUGCUGGCCCAUUUCAGAUCGGCCAACACGGCCCAGAUAAUAAAAAACAGGAACCUUGUCCGCCACCGCCGCCGCCACUGCCGCCGCCACCCAUUUAUACGCAGGAGAGACCGCCGUGGUGGAGCAUAGUGAUUCCGCCACCGCCACCGCCGAUGGUCGAACAACCCAAAAAGGAGGAACCUCGUCCACCGCCGACGCUGCGUCCGGUCCCAUUUCCGCUGCCGAUGGACAUUGAAACCCCCCCAAAAGAGGAGCCUUGUCCGCCACGGCCGCAUCGUGAGAGGAGUAGAAGCUUAGUACAAUUUUGAAGUUGUACUAAAGUAUCGGAGAGUUAUAUUAAAGCUGCAACAAGUAAUAUGGAUCAGAGGGAGCAGCAGAUUUUAGGAGCCAUGAUGCUUCCAGAGCAAGGGAAAAAGAGAAAACUCACCCCGCCCGAGGACCCCAAGCCAAGACAGGUAACAGCCCAUGAUAAGAUCUCUCUGAAGUUUGUUUUCUUUGGUGAUAAAACAAAACCUUAUGCUGGCCAGGAUGAAAACUGAACGACGGGUGUUUAGAGCCAUCAGAACAACGUGCAUUUUAGUACAUCACACAGAAAACAUCUUGCAUUCCUUUGUAGUGCUGUUUUAAGAAGCUGUGCAUCUCUCGGGCAUGACAUUUACUAGGUACCACAACUUCGUCAUCAACAUUGCAUACAAUUCCUUUGCUUACCAGAAGUUGAAUCCUUUUUCCCAUAUACCUUGGUAUUAUUAUAAAUGUUAGAGAAACUGCUGAGUUAUAACUGCACAAACUCCUUUUGCCAUUCCUCCUCACAAACUCGUUUUCUCUUUGUUUGAUGCACUUGUUUGUAAUUGUAUGUGUGCAUGUUGUUAUGCAGAGGCGGGUUUUG